GCCUCAUUUCUAGAUAAACCUCACUCCCAUGGAACUCUGAGUGUGCAGCAGGGCAGGUCCCUUUGCAGGAUCAUGGCCUGCCUGCCUUGUCUUUUCGCCUGAGCUCAAACAAUGCUCUUUAGAUAAUUUUAUUUCUGUUGCAAGAAAAGUUUAACUCUUCAGUAUCUUUGUGAGGGGAAGUAUGUGCUUAUAAACACUGUCAAGUAUGCAGGGUUGUUAGUCUACUCCAGGAAAGACAAAAUAUUCUUGCAUAAACAUAUUACCUAUGCUGAUUUUUCUCUCUGUAUGUUAUAGGUGAGUUCUACAUAAAGUUUAGUAGAUAAAUUUUGAUAGCUGAACUAUUUUAAUAAUGUGUUAAUCUUCUUAACUGAACACAUCAGAUGUUUGAAACUAAACUUAAUAAUUUCCCUUCUUCCCUAUAGAAAAAUCUUAUUUAUCUAGGAUCCUCUAUUUCAUCUAUUACAGCUUAUGAGUAGGUGGCUUACAAUGAAAAAUGAUGGUUAAUAUUAUAAGAAUGUUCAACCCACUAAGUGCAUUUUGACAGGCUUUGAUGGCUUGAAAUCAGUCUUUGUAGUCAGAAUGGAUUACCAGAUUUAUUUAGUUGCCACAGCAUGUUUUUGAGUUUAUGCUUCGUAAGUAAAUAUUUUGCUUAUUUAUACCAAAAGCCGUUGUAGUUAAGCACUUGCAGGGGUAUUUUCAAAACUGCUUGGCAGCUUUUAAAGCUCCCGCUAAAGCCGUGAUGAGAUUCCCACCGGGAAACAAAGGCCAGUGUGAGCACAUAUGAAACAACUUCUAUACUUAAUUCUUUGCAGAAAAACAGAAAAGCUACAGUUCAGUGUCAGAAAUUAACAUAAGCACAACCACCUGGAGGUUUAUUCAUGGAUAAAACAAUGGGAUUUAUCUUUGUAUCCUUUGUUCUUUAUUCGUGCUGGAAUAAUGAAGGAGUAGUGAAGCAAGCUAGCAUUAGGAUUCAGUUUAUGUAGAUUAUUCCUGUUUCCACGUUCCCAUGUGGUUCACCGUGAGAUGCUGUGCAGUGGGUCUGGCCUGAUUAGGCAGCUCAAUUAGCCCUGAUAUUGCUCUAAAAUUUCUCCCAUAAUGUCCUGAAGAAGCAGAGCAGUGGCAUCACAGGGCACGGAACAGGCAGGCCAGGAGAACUAUUGAAUAUUUUAUGUGCAGACUCUCCACGGGGAACCCAGAUGUGCAUCUGUAGGUGGAGUGGCAACCUACCAACUACUUCAAUGCCCAGAAGAGCUGCUGGUGCCAGGCUGGUGCUGUGAUCCAUGUCCCUUCCUGUUACUGUGCUCAGGGGGACUGGCAGGGCCUGCUGAGUUCCUUGGAAAUGAAUUGUUCCAUGGCAGUAAUUGACAGAUCACUUCCUGGUACAACAGCAGCUGAAUGUGCAUCAAACUUGAAGAAGAUUUACACAGUACAAACAGUGCAGGAUUUCUGGAGUGUCUACAACAACAUUCCUCCUGUGACAAAUUUGCCUCUGAGAUGUAGUUACCAUUUAAUGCGGGGAGAAAGACGCCCACUCUGGGAAGAAGAAAGCAAUGCCAAAGGAGGUAUAUGGAAAAUGAAGGUCCCUAAAGAAAGUACGGUUGCAGUUUGGAAAGAGCUACUGCUGGCAACUAUUGGAGAGCAGUUUACAGAUUGUUGUGCAGCAGAAGAUGAAGUAAUAGGGGUUAGUGUCAGCAUUCGGGACCGUGAAGAUGUUGUGCAAGUCUGGAACGUGAAUGCCUCUUCAGCAAGUGAAGCAAAAGUUCUAGAAAAGAUUCAUAAACUUCUGCCACACACAUCUUUUAAAGCAGUCUUCUAUAAACCCCACAGAGAGCAUCAUGCUUUCGAAGGCUGACAUGGAAAGCAUUAAGUGCAGUGUGUGUUGUUCUUUGGUGUUUUGAGCUGGUCUGGACAAGGAGGAGAAUGGUGGAAGCCCUGCAGAAGUGCUACAUGCAGUUGGUCCUUUUGAGUUUCUGACAUUUCAAACUGGACUAAUGCUGUUGAAAAUGAAGAAAAACAGUUGCCUUGACCGCUAAAUGCG